CUCUGUACAGUCAAGUCAGUCAGUACAGCAGCGCAGUGAAUGAAGUGGCCAUUGAAUGAGUUGAAUUAUUGAACAAAAGAAAAACAAAACAAAAUGGCCGAUGUUCCCAUGGAGGUGUGUCGCUGAAGUUAUUCAUUUGAAAUCGGCUGUGUACCAUUGAGUUACAGUGAAAAAGUUUUGGUGUUUAUUAUUGCUGGAUGUCGUCCCGCAGAAAUGGAUCGGUGUCGCGGGCCGCUGAGACAGCGUCGAAGAACCGGCUGCACAUGGAUCGGAACCCACAGCACUCGAGGCUCACUGAUCCAUCUAAUCCAGCCGGCCGUCGCAAGGAGAUAGAUAACGUGAUGAAGAGAGCCCGUCAGGCGUCUCCGGGCAGCUGGGACAGGAAGCUCCUGGAAGUUGAGGAGAAGGAUCCCAACAGAUGGCGCCAUACGGGUUACAAGCAGAUGUACUUGGACGGCUCGGGCUCUGUGUCGCCACGGCGGUCCAGAUCACCUGUAGCUGGACGCAGGUCUAGGUCGCCGGUGGUGGGGCGGCGCUCCCCGCGGAGGUCGCGCUCGCGCUCGCUGCGGCGCAGCCCCCGUCGGAGCCCCCGCAGGAGCCCCCUCAGACGGAGCCCCCCGGGCGGGCGGCGCCGCUCCCCGCGCGGCGCGCCGCCCCGCGCCCGCCCGCCGCGCGCCCCCGCCGCCCGCGCCGCGCGGCCCCCCUCGCCGCCCUCGCCGCCCUCGCCCAGGAAGUCUUCGCAGUCCGGCUCGUCGGUGAGCAGUUGUUCGGAUGAAUCGUGUUCGGUGUGCUCCGCGAAGAAUAAGAAGACCGGACCUCCACCACCCAAGAGUACCAAGCCCAGGGCUCCGCCCCCCGCGGCGCCGCCCACCGCCGCCGCCCGCAAGAGAGUCCCGCCGCCCGGCGCCGCCCGCGCCGUGCAGCCCACCAGGGAACUGCUCAAGGCCAGGGAGGCCAGCAAGCGCAGCCGAGAGGAGAAGGUAUUGGAGUGGCAGCGCACACAACUAGCGGUGCGUCCGCCACCUCUGCCCGCUACGCACAUAAAGCGGGAGGGCGAGCGGCGCCCCCCCGCCGCCCCCGCCUCCACGGCCGCCCCCGCCGCCGCCGCCGCCGGCCCCCCCGCCGCCCCCGCCGCCGCCGCGCGCCGCCCCCGCCCGCCCGGGGACAAGCCCGCAGACAGGGGCGUGUCCCCGGCAGCCAUCGCGGCCGCGCUGGCCGACAGCGACAGCGACAGCGAGUCCGACGCCAGCUCCGACCCGCAGCCCCAGAGGUUGACGUUGUCGGAACGGUUCGGCAAGAUGGCGCAGUGGUCCGCGGACCGGUCGGCGCGGCUCGAGAACAUGCGCAUCACACGCAGGGAGGCCACGCUGCACGUGCGCAUAGAGCGCGGCAACGAGCAGGACGACCCCCCCGCGGCCGCCACCAGGCCCGACGCCUACCCUGGUUUGGAGCCAGCACCGGUGGGCAGCUACCCUGAGGAGUUGCUGGCUGCAGCCCCCGGAGGUCUACCAUCCUGGGAUGAUGUUAGAGUGCGAUACGAUUACUACAAGAAGCGGGGCUAUCUCAGAGGGUUGACUCUGGGUGAUUAUGUGAAGUGGGAAGAAUGGUGGUAUAAAUACCAGGAGUGGUUGAAGAGGGAGCGCGCGUACGAGCGCUGGGCUGACGGCGAGGUCGGGAUGGUGCGGCGCGAGCGUCGCCGUCGAGGCGGGAAGCAUCGGCGCAGCUGAGGGCGCGCCGCCCCCGCCGCCGUCCUGUGCGUGGACCUGGCGGCGGGGGCCGCGGGCGCCUCGCGGUAGUCCG